GUUUGCUUUUCUGUUGCUGUGAUAAACAUCAAGACCAAAAGCAAUUUGAGAAGGAAAAGGUUGAUUUCAGUUUACAAGUAAUGAUCUGCAGGAGAGAAGCCAGGGCGGGAGCUCCAGGCGGGACCUGGAGACAGGAGCUAAGGCCGAGACCAUGGAGGAGACAGGAGCUAAAGCCGAGACCAUGGAGGAGACAGGAGCUAAUGCCGAGACCGUGGAGGAGACAGGAGUUACAGCCGAGACCGUGGAGGAGACAGGAGCUACAGCCGAGACCGUGGAGGAGACAGGAGCUACAGCCCAGACCGUGGAGGAGUGCUGCUACCUUCCCCUCUGGCUUGCUCAGCUGCCUUUCUUACACAGCUCAGGCCACCUGCGGGGGGAUGACACAGGCCACCAUGAGGAACUAAUAUAAACCAGCAGUUAAGAAAAUGCCUCUCAGGCAUGGCCGAUGGCCAGUCUGUUAUGGGCAAUCAUUCAGUUGUGGUUUUCUCUACCCAGAUGACUCUAGAUCUGUGUCAUGUUCAUAGCUGAAGCUUACUAGGACAAGACCCAAGUUGGCCUUUCUGUUACCAUCUUCUGUAUGCAGCAGUGUGGAUGACUGCGCUCCCACAGCCACAUGGUGGCACCCCAGGGCAUCUCCAGAAGACCUAUGCCUUUGUGUUCACACCGGCCCCUCCCUAAGCCCCUUUCGUGUUCAUCCUGUGUACUCUGAGCUCCUUCUCCGGCUCUACUGAUCAUUUGCUUCCACUGACCUGAAGGCAGAGAUGGCAACUUCAUCCCACCAAGGACCAGCUGCAGGAAGCCAGGCAGAGCACAGAAGCUGUGAAGCAUCAGUAGGACAGGAGGAAAGACUGAGUGCCUGCCAGGAUCAGGAGGGCAACUUCAAGCAGAACCAAGGAACAUCCACACUGCGGCUCCUCCUGCUAGGGAAACAGGGCGCAGGCAAAAGUGCCACAGGAAACACCAUUCUGGGCAAAGCCGUGUUCCAGUCCACAUUCAGCAAUCACAUGGUAACCAACAGGUGCCAGAGCGAGAGUGUGUCAGUAAGAGGGAGGCAGGUCAUUGUCAUCGAUACCCCAGAUCUUUUCUCCUCACUGAGCUGUCCUGAAGUUAGGUCGCAGAACCUGCAGCAGUGCGUAGGGCUCUUAGCUGACGAUCUCUGCGUGCUGCUCCUGGUCACUCCCAUUGGCCACUAUACAGAGGAGGACAGGGAGACCAUUGAGGGCAUCCAGGGUAAAUUUGGCCCUAAAGCCUACAGACGCAUGAUUGUGGUCUUCACUCGGGAAGAUGAGCUGGGUGAAGACUCGCUGCGGAACUACAUCGAGAGCGAGAAGUCUCUGAAGGAGUUGAUUAAAAACAUUGGAAGUCGACGAUGUUGUACUUUCAACAACAAGGCAGACAAGAAGCAGCGGGAACUGCAGGUGUUCAAGCUUCUUGAUGCAAUUGAACUUUUGAUGAUGGAAAGUCCUGGGACAUGUUUUGAGCCCUUGAAAAUGGAAAGCAGUGGAGUCCAGGAGUGUGGGAAUGGAGUGACAUAUGAAGGAGACACUCUGUGUGGUUCAAAGAAGAGGCAGCCUCAGAUCGCAGGACCUGAUUGUGAUCCAGAAAUGCCAGAGCUGAGGGUCCUUCUGAUGGGGAAGCGUGGUGUUGGGAAAAGUGCAGCAGGAAACAGUAUUCUGGGGAAGCGGUUCUUUAAGACGCAGUUCAGUGAGAAGCAGCGGGUCACCGAGGCCUUUGCAUCCCACAGCAGGGUCUGGCAAGGGAAGAGAGUUCUGAUUAUCGAUUCUCCAGAGAUCUCAUCGUGGAAGCUUAAUGAGUCUGGUGUCAAGAAUCACACCUUUCCAGGUCCCCAUGCCUUUCUGCUGGUGACACCACUGGGUUCUUCUUUAAAGAGUGACGACGAUGUGUUCAGCAUCAUCAAACGUAUUUUUGGAGAAAAAUUUGCCAAGUUCACAAUUGUUCUCUUUACCAGGAGAGAAGAUUUUGAGGAUCAGGCUCUCGAUACAGUUAUAAAGGAAAACGAUGCUCUCUCUAAUCUCACCCAGAAAUUUGGAGAAAGAUACACAAUCUUCAACUACCGGGCAUCUGUGGAGGAGGAGCAGAGCCAGGUGGGCAAGCUACUGAGCCAAAUCGAGAGGAUGGUGCAGUGCCACAGCAACAAGCCUUGCGUCAUCAGAGAGAAAGAACUUUUAAACAUCAUCCUCUUGGGAAGGAGUGGCUCUGGAAAGAGUGCAACUGGGAACACUAUCCUGGGGAAACCUGCCUUCUUCUCCCAGCUCAGAGCUCAGCCGGUCACCAGAAGCAGCCAGAGUGGCAAGAGGACACUGGACUGGCAGGAUGUUGUGGUUGUGGACACUCCAUCAUUCAUCCAGACUCCUGGCACUGAAAAGGAUCCUUUCAGGUUGAAGGAGGAGAUCAAUCACUGCUUGAGUCUCUGUGAAGAAGGCAUGAAGAUUUUUGUCCUGGUACUCCAGUUGGGACGGUUCACCCAGGAAGAUGAGGCCGUGGUGGAGCAACUGGAGGCCAGUUUUGAGGAAAACAUUAUGAAAUAUAUGAUUGUGCUGUUUACACGGAAGGAAGACCUAGGGGAUGGGAACCUUCAUGAUUAUACUAACAACACAAAGAACAAAGCCCUUAAAAGAAUACUUAAGAAGUGCAAUGGGCGAGUUUGUGCUUUUAAUAACAAAGAAACUGGUGAAGACCAGGAGACCCAGGUGAAAGGUCUGUUGAAAAUAGCUAAUGGUCUCAAAAAGAACUAUGAUGAGCAUUCAAAUUCAUGGAUGGAUCAAUUAAAAUCAACAUUAGGCCAAAUUACUAUGGCAUUUAAAUGAGCUCAAGUGAGUAGCUUUAAGGCCUGGGGAUAGGUUAGGGAUGCCAUCAGCCAGAAGAGGGGGUAGAUGAGGAGGGGGAAGGACUAGUGGGGUGGAUCCUCUCAAAGAAGGUUCAUGACUUUGAAGGCUGAGGGAUAAAUGCAUCUCAUGAUGGAUGUAGAUAUUUGGGUAAAUAAAUUGUCAAGUUAGGCCAGGCAGAAGGGAAUUAGAAGACAAAGAGGAUAUGGAAGAGAAAAUGUUUUUCUUUUCCUUUGAUUUAAGUUUUAUUGCAUUAUGAUGAAAAAAGAUACAUAAUUUCAAUAUAUCUGAAUUUGUUAACACUUAAAAACAUAAUUUGAGUUACACAUAAACUCAAGUUAUGUUAAACGUAAUAGACUUACAUCACAUUCUUCCUUCCUUUUUUUACCCCAACUUCUCCUGAGAGCCCUCCCCACUUCAAAACCUGCAAUAUAUUUCAUCUUUCAUCAUAUUCUUUAAAAUUUNUAAAAUAUUGUAACAAA